AUGGCCUCAGCCAGGAAGAACACACCCAGGAGCCUCUGCCCCCUCCAGCUAAGGGAGCACCAAGGCUCCAGAGGCUUCGGGUUCGUUACGUUCGCGGAUCCGGCGAGUGUAGACAAAGUGCUGGCCCAGCCGCACCACGAGCUGGACUCCAAGACGAUUGACCCUAAAGUUGCGUUUCCCCGACGAGCACAGCCCAAGAUGGUCACAAGAACAAAGAAAAUAUUUGUAGGUGGAUUAUCAGCUAAUACAGUAGUGGAAGAUGUGAAGCAAUACUUUGAGCAGUUUGGCAAGGUAGAGGAUGCCAUGCUGAUGUUCGACAAGACGACCAACAGGCAUAGAGGAUUUGGCUUCGUAACUUUUGAAAAUGAAGACGUGGUGGAAAAAGUCUGUGAAAUUCACUUCCACGAAAUCAAUAAUAAAAUGGUAGAAUGUAAGAAAGCACAACCUAAAGAAGUGAUGUUUCCACCAGGGACGAGAGGAAGGGCACGUGGCUUGCCGUACACCAUGGACGCUUUCAUGCUGGGGAUGGGGAUGUUGGGUUACCCGAAUUUUGUUGCAACAUACGGCCGAGGAUACCCUGGAUUUGCCCCAAGUUACAGUUAUCAGUUCCCAGGUUUCCCAGCAGCGGCUUAUGGACCAGUAGCAGCGGCAGCCGUGGCAGCAGCAAGAGGAUCAGGUUUUGUUUUACGUGCAAACAGACCUGUCUUGAAUAGCUACAGUGCUCAACCGAAUUUUGGCGCACCCGCUUCCCCGGCAGGCUCCACGCCGGCGCGGCCCGGCGGCUUCCCCGGCGCCAGCAGCCCCGGGCCCGUGGCGGAUCUCUACGGCGCGGCCAGCCAGGACUCCGGCGUGGGCAACUACCUGAGCGCCGCCAGCCCGCAGCCGGGCUCGGGCUUCGGCCACGGCAUCGCUGGACCUUUGAUUGCAACGGCUUUUACAAAUGGAUACCAUUGAAACGUUACACAUGGUUGGUUGCCAUCUCACUUGGAGAGUCUCUCUGGAUGUCCGGGCAAGACAGGGCGAAGUUUCUGAAGGGGCCCACGUUGGGUGAUCUCAUCAGACUUUGAGCACUACAUCAUCAUCAUCCUCAUCACCAUCACCCUCAUCAUCACCGCCAACGCAAACGGGAGGUGGCACUCGAAGGACUUUGGGUUGGUUAAAAAAAAAAAAUCUCUCUCAUCAUCUCAUGAAUCUGCUGUACUAUACAAACAACAGCUUUUAAAAGUAUGUAUAUAAAACCCAUUUCUUGUUGGUUUUAUUUUCUCGAUGGGUUCCCCCUCCCCUCUUUUUAAGCCUCUCCAACCCCCACAUCUUUUCUGACAUAGUCUCGUAGCCACGUAGUCAGAAUUCUUUGUGUAUGUAGCAAGAGCCUAACCAUAGUGGAACUGUUAUAUUAAGGGUUUUCUUUUGCUUUUCUUUCCCACCUCUCCCUCCUCCUCCUCCUCCCUUCUGUUUUACGUAGUUGUUGUUGCUUAAAGGACGCUGAGAUGGUGACAGGAGCCCGGGGGGCUGGCAGGGCACGGGGAGGGGGGAGCAGCAGGUUCUCUGGCCCUUCUUUUCCUUUGGUUCCUCUAAUUCUCUCUCUCUAUUUUCGGCAAUAAGGCGAGGGCGACAAACUUUUUGCUCGUCCUUUUUCUAUAUAAGUGCUUUUUUUUUUGUUGUUGU